AUGCUGCGGCCGGCGAUUUCGGAUCCGGUGCUCAUCAAACCCAAUGAAAUCAACUUCCUCCGCAGCUGGAACUUUGGCCGAGGUUAGUCAGUCUCUCAAUUGUUCAUUGUCUGUCAACAAGAGGAAAUAAAAUAGGAAAAAAAAUAAGUCGAGCGAUUAUAAUCUGUAAAUUUAAGAGGAGUAGAAAGUUUCAAGGAGAAAAGGGAAAAGUAUCUAUGACGCAUAGAAAUUCAAGAAUCGAAGCCCACUAUUCGGUUACGUAGUUGUUAUGGAUGAUUUUGUGGAAGACCAAUCAGACAGGCUUUUGUUAGAGCAAAAUGGUGAUAUUGUCAUGUCGGAAAAUGAGUAAUCUGUCUGAUUUUGAUUGCAUUUCAAAUGUUAUCCCCCAAGCGCUCGGUUUCUCCUCGUGCGUAAGCUUGACGUACGUUUGUAUACUGCGAUGAGAACUGCAACCCUAUCAUUUAGCUAACCACCUCAUUAGAAAGUUAUUUUUAGAAAUCUAGAAAGCUCCCGCAUCAUUCUCUUCAUUAGUCCAUUAUUCGACUUAGAGCUCGAAUCAAAAGUGAAUUAUUCGAAUUGCUACGGCCCUGAACCCUAUGAAAAGCCUUAUUUCAGAACCGGAUCUACCUUCCAACUCUUCCAGCAGCGAACACCUUUUUGGCGGCAUUUACAUGUGCCUCUCUGACGUAAGUGUCUUGAUCCUUUGCACUUCCCUCCUUCCUCAUUCUUUUUCCGUUCCUGUCCUGUGUAAUCCGUCCUUAGUACCAUCCAUUCAAUGUUAUUUCUUUAGAACAACGCCAACGACACAAAGAUGCCGAAAAGCGAACGUGAGAAAAGACAGAAGAAGUUGGAGUUCCAACUGAAAAGGAGGAAUUCCGUACUUAUGGCCAACUACAAAGAAGAGUUAAGCUUGCCCGGUUCGUCGAUUUUUCAUUAUUUCUGCUUGAAAGCUCAACUUUGGCUCGCUUUGUUUUGGGCUCGUUUUCCUCUUCCGAAUGACGUACUUUUACGAUCGGCAACCGAGAAUCCGCCCCAAAACAAACGUGCUAACCACCCGAAGCGAAACCACAAGUCGAACCACACAUCAAGUUUUCCAUAUUUCACGAAACCAUUUAGAAACGCGUAAAUAUUUUGAAUUAAGCCUCUCCAUCUGGAAACCAUUCAUUUGUGAUUGAUUCAGGCGGCAUGAAAAGAUCCUAUUCCUGUGUGGAACUCGGAAAGAUAUAUUGUCGGGAGACAACUCAAACGAAACGAGUCUCUUUCUCGGUUACUGUACCUCCGCCGGCCUAUCCGGAUAUCGCAAAGACCACCUAUGAUUUGUGCCCUCCAAAGGUACAACAAGUUCUCAACUAAUUAGUUAGUUCUAUGAAAUAUUAGUUUUCAGAUCACAGCACGCCCAAUCCUGGUCAGGCGAAACACGACGUACUCCGGAAAGGACUGCCUUGUCCACAUGGACUUUGAUUCCUUCAUUGCGUGGCGGAGAGGAUCCAAGAUGAGCGAUGAUGUUGAAAAGCAGAAGAAAAUGAGUAAAAAGGAGAAAGAGGCGAAUGCUCUCGGCAAAACGAGGAAAUCCAGCAGUGACUCGAUCAAGAAGGAGGAGACUGAGAACCGAGAUUGGUGGAUUGUCAGAGUUAUGAAGGUAGGUAACCGGCUGAAACUUUUAGCCCAAUUCUUUAAUUUUCCCUUUUCAGUUGGGAUUCGAUAGUUGUUUUCAAAGGCGACGAGUCACUCCCAGCCCGCCACCAUCCACAAACGACGCGAUUGUCGUGUCGAUCGUAAACGCAAACUAA